UAUAUGGAGGCAUACAUUCCCUUUAUCCAUCCUAUUGCAGGUGAGGAUGAUUGGGAAGUUGUGGAUUACCCCAUUGCACCUCCCCCAUACAAGAAGCAAGCUGGAAGGCCUAGAAUGACCAGAUUUAAGGAACCGGGUGAGAAUAAGCAGGCACUACCAGCCCCUAACCCAACAAACACAACAAGGAUGCCUAGAACAUACACCAAGAUGACCUGCCAGGUCUGCUUCCAAAAAGGGCACAACCGGUUAGGCUGCCCAAUCACUAAGGCAAAAAAUGCUGCAGCAGCAACGCAAUCAGGGGAAGGUAGUUCUAAUGGUGCCCAGCAAACUAGAAAGAGGCAAAGAAGGCAGCAGGCACCAAAAGUUUCAGCUUCAAAGGGUAACACCAGCUUGAAAGAUCAGCUCAUUAAGUCUAGGAAGGCUUGGAAGAAGCGAAAGACCAUUGAGGGCAGCCAAGGUGUCAGUGCAGGGCCUUCUAGUUCACAAACAAGACAUGCACCUCCAACACAAAGUAGCCAAAACCCAGCAGCAAAAAAGGCACAACAGAAAGGUCAAACUGAAUCUGAAUGGGCAGCAUUUUAAGCCAUGUUGACAUGAACCAAUCCAGUUUUUGUUUCAUAUAUGAUAUGUUCAAUGAUGUUAAGAACAGUUGCUGUAAUUGCUCUCUUUUGAAGACAUUUUCUU